AUGUUCAGCAUGUCAGAAAACAGCUCCCUGCUGGGGCCGGCCUGGUAUAUCCUCCAGGUGCUGCGGGCCUGCAACAUCCUGGCCCUCCUCAGCGUGGCCAUGUCGAGCAUGAUCAUGGUGGUCAAGACCAAUAUCGUGACCAGCUUCUUCGUCUUCCAGGCCAUCUCUCACACCAUCACCGCGGGCGUGGCCAUGAUGCUCCUCAUUAGCGAGCUGCCCCAGCCGGCCGUUGUCAACGACUUCUACCGCCGCAACUGGCCGACCUUCUCAACUGUCGAUGCCAGCAACCGAGGCCACAGCCUGGCCUGGCUGGGUGUCUGGAUGAUCGCCAUGGGCAUCUGGGUCAUGGGCUCCCUCAACGCCGCCGACCUGAUCAACGACCUGUCCUUCCCGCUGUGGCGCCUCACCCUCGCCUCGGGCAUCCUGGCUUUCGUCUUUGGCCUCUUCAACCUCAUCGUCUCGCUGAUCUUCCGCAGCAGCACCCACAACAUCACCGUCCGCAUGAUCCGUGAGCACGGCGCCAACGUCUACAACGUGCGCAUGACCUCGGCUCCUUAUGAUAUCGAUGCCGCCACCAUGAAUAGCGGCGGCAGUGACCGCUCCAACUCCAUCCGCAGGGAGAAGCAGUUCAACUUCCACCACCCUUUCCCCGCCGCCGUCAACCCACAGAACCGCUUCUCGCGCCUCUUCGCCAAGGACAAGAAGCCCCAGAUCAGUGGGCCCAUCAUCAACCACCCCACGGCCGAGCCCGACCUCGAGUCCGGUCACCACCAGUACGCCUCCCGCCCCCAGACCUCGGAGCGGGAGUCGUGGGAGGGCCAGGACCGCGCCAGCCCCAUUGUGCCCGGUGUCCAGCGCCCACCAACGGCCCUUCACCCUGCAUACACUGGUGGUCGGUCCAGCGUUUAUUCCGAGGCAAGCCAUCUCAACCGUUUCUAA